AUGAUGGGGGGUGCUAAACUCAACAGCCAUCAAAAUUCUGUCUAUGAGAAUGGAGAUGCUGAAGGAAUGAGACAUUUAGACAAUUCAGUGGAUGAUGAUGGGGGUGAGUCAAUGGAAGUUGAGGAGAAAGACAAAUUUCCUGAUAUGCAUAUGCCGCUCAAGAAAUCAAUGCAAAAGUCAUUCAAGUUAAUGGAUAAAGAAUUGAAGUUGCAUGCAACAAUUGAUAGUUUCUGUAGUGGAACAACUGCUGUUACUUUGAUAAUGCGGGGUAAGGAUCUUUUAAUUGGAAACUUUGGUGAUUCUAGAGCAGUAUUGGCUACAAGAGACAGUAGCAAAGCCUUGAUGGCAGUACAGUUGACUGUGGACUUGAAACCUAAUCUGCCAAGAGAAGCUGCUAUGAUCCAGAAAUUUAAAGGAAGAGUCUUUGCAUUGAAAGAUGAGCAAGAAGUUACACGUGUAUGA